UUGGGACCUCCGGCUGCAGGUCCGCCUGGGCCAGACGCGCGAGCGCAGGCACAGGGUGGGUGGUUGUGGCCGGCCUCCGCAUCCCCGCCGAGCCCCCGACCCUCCCGGCCGCCCCUAGCCUCACCUCGUAGCCAUGCGCCCCCGCUGCCGAGCGCUGUUCCCCGGCGUGGCGCUGCUUUUCGCCGCGGCCGGUCUCGCCUCUGCCUCCGACGUGCUGGAACUCACUGACGACAACUUCGAGAGUCGCAUCUCCGAUACAGGCUCUGCGGGCCUCAUGCUCGUCGAGUUCUUCGCCCCUUGGUGUGGACACUGCAAGAGGCUUGCCCCUGAGUAUGAAGCCGCAGCAACCAGAUUAAAAGGAAUAGUCCCAUUAGCAAAGGUUGAUUGUACUGCCAACACAAACACUUGUAAUAAGUAUGGAGUCAGUGGAUAUCCAACCCUGAAAAUAUUUAGAGAUGGUGAAGAAGCUGGUGCUUACGAUGGGCCUAGGACUGCCG